AUGAUUCGAGUCGAACAAUCCAACCAUAUCUUAAAGUGUCGUCAUGUUUUUCAACAAUUCAUCGUUGAUAUGUACGCCAAAGUCGAAAGCGAACGACUCAAUUACAUUCGUUACAAUCAAUCGAAGCUUCGAGUCGAAGAUUAUAUUCAUUUGCGAGAUGCAAUCGCGAAUGAUGGAACAAUUGGUAACAUUGGACAAACGGUUAUACUUCCAACUUCGUAUACUGGAAGUCUAAGACAUAUGCAAGAAUAUGCUCAGGAUUCUCUGACAUAUGUUCUCAGAUAUGGACGUCCAGAUCUUUUCAUCACGUUCACAUGCAAUCCAUCUUGGUGUGAAAUCAAAUAUUUACUUUUGCCUGCCCAACAACCAUCUGAUCGGCAUGACCUCACAGCGAGAGUUUUCAAACAAAAAUUGAUACGUUUUAUGGAUCUCAUCACUAAGAACCAUAUAUCUGGAGAAACUCGCUGUUGGAUGUAUUCCAUCGAAUGGCAGAAAAGAGGUCUACCACAUGCUCAUAUCUUAAUUUGGUUGGUUGAAAAAAUUGUUCCAACUCAAAUUGAUGAUAUCAUUACUGCUGAGCUGCCCAACGCAGAAGAAGAUCCAGAAUUAUUUGAAAUUGUGAAAAAAAAUAUGAUUCACGGACCAUGUGGGGGACACAACCCACACUCGCCAUGCAUGAAAGACGGAAAAUGCACCAAAAAGUAUCCACGCCAGCUGCUGCAAGAAACACAAACUGGUGGCGACGGUUAUCCGUUGUACAGACGACGAAAACCAGAUGAUGGAGGAUACACCACAACUAUCAAAAUCAAUAACGUUGAUUUCGAAGUUGAUAAUCGAUGGAUUAUGCCCUACUCUCCUAUCCUUUCGAAAUCAUUCAAUGCACAUAUCAACGUGGAGUCCUGUAAUUCAGUUAAGUCAAUAAAAUACAUAUGUAAAUACGUGAAUAAAGGCAGCGAUAUGGCAAUUUUCGGAAUUGCGAAUCCCAAUGCGCCCGUCAAUGAAAACGAGCAAUUUCAAAUGGGACGUUAUAUUAGCAGUAAUGAAGCUGUAUGGAGAAUUCUUAGUUUCGACAUUCAUGAACGCUUUCCUGCUGUCAUGCAUCUCAGUGUUCACUUGGAAAACGGUCAACGAGUCUACUUCACGGAAGACAACGCACCCCAAUGA